UGAGACCCUCUCCAACACUGGCAGCAUGGUGGCCGACGAGGAGCAACGAAAUCAGGAUUUGAAUGUGGAAGAGGAGCUGCUGCAGGAUUCCGACUGCUGCGGCAACGGCUGCACCAACUGCAUCCUGGACCACAAGCCCCGGCCGAGUAAGCGCGUCCUGUUGGCCGGCAAACGCAACGUGAUCCUGAGCUACACGAAAUUCCGAUUGUUGCGGCGGGAAACCUUGGUUGAAUCUAAAUCGGAAUCUGGUGGACAGGUGCUGCUUCUACACUUUGGCCACGCCCCCGAGGAAACCGAGGCGGAGGACACGGUGCUGGACAUCCCACCCGGACACCACGUGAUGCUGCGCAUUGGCUCCCUGCUGCGUCCCUAUUCGCCCUAUUGGAGCGACUUCCUGGCCAGAGAGUUCCGGAUUCUGGUGAAGCUGCAGGCGGGGGGGCCCAUGUCCCGGCACCUGGCUACAGUGCAGCCCAACGACCUGCUGGAGUUCCGUGGUCCCAUUGGACAGUACACACAUGAUCCAAAGACCGCCAAGUGCAUCUAUAUCCUGGCACAGGGCGUGGCCAUUGCGCCCACUCUACCGCUGGUGCGCCAGGUGCUCGAGAACGAGGAGGACAUGAGUCGUGUGUGGCACUUGGUGUGCGCCCGCGACCUGCAGCACGUCUACUUCCGCGAGGAGCUGCUGGAGUUUGUCCAGUAUUGGAACUACAGGAGCUGCCUCUACCUGCCCCAUCAGCAGUGCGACUCCAUCGCUUGCCAGGAUGCGGGAUACUGCGCCCCGGAGUGCUUCCAUUUCCGCCGAAGCCUCCGCUACAAGGAGACUGCGAAGGUAGCCCGAUUGGAUGCCUCUGGACUGGCCACCUACCUCAAUCCCUCCAUUCCCGGACAGCGCGUCCUCAUCGUGGCAGGCGAUUCAACCUUCCAGAAGGCCAUGGCCCAAAUGGCCACCCAAUCCUUGGCCCUGGAUCCAGCCAACGUCUAUUUAUUGUAAAUACAAAAGGAAAUUUGUAAAUUUAUCCGGGGAAACGAAGAACCCUCUCCAAGACCGGCCUUGCAAAUCGAGAGACGUGGGCGACUGGUGAAUCACUCUGCUCCGAAAGAAACCCCAACUUGACUGCAGUCGUACAUGUAGAUUAUUCCGGCCAUCGAUCAAUGAAAGCUCUUCUUAUCAGUGCGCAGAAUAUCUAUAUUUAAAUCAAUUUGUAAUCUCAGCCUGAGUAUAAAGACGCCGUUUUACUCGCGGGUCAAAAGUUUAGGCUCGGCCAACCGAUUGAGCCGUGACUCAGGCGACAUCGGCUUUAUCUGCCACAUUUGUUGAAGUGGUAUGCAAAUCGGAAUCGUUUGUGUCACUUAGAUAAGCUCAAAUUGUAUAAGUGUACAUAAGCAUGUUUCAAAUUAGGGGAUUAACCGAAAAACGAAUGUGUAUCUUGAACAAAUUUAAUUUUAUUUUAUUUUUAAGUGUGAAAAUGUCGUUCCCUAAAAACAAUAUUAUGUUAAAUUAAGACAAGCAAUUGAUGUGUUUUAACGCAUUUUACCGAAAUGUAAUUUAAUUUUUAAAGAUUUUAUUCCCAACCGGUGUUUUGAAUCUUAACGUACAACAGAAAUGGUUUUUAAUAUUGGUUAUUUUAAAAGUAACGUCUCGUCUAAAAUCUAAGAUAAAUCAUGGCUUUACAACAAUAAACAACAAGAAAUAAUUACCUA